AUUGAGGUAACGCGAAGGCGGAGGCGGUCAACGAUUGUGGUGCCAGACCCGGGACCUUCCACACGUAAGAUGCAGAAUGCGUCCGAAACUACGCCCCAAACUUCCGUACAUAUGCAAACGCUCAAUGUAUCCCAAGGGGGAGUUGAUGCCGUGGAACCCGAGGUGACAGUUGAAGAAUUCUUGCGGUGGUCGGCGGCCGCUUCGACGUCAAGGAAACGCGUGCGAGGGACGCGCCGUCUCACCAGGCUCCUCGACCCCUCAAGUGAUAUCCUAUGGUCUUCAGAAGUCGAAGACGAGACUUUCCCUAUUGCUACGCGUAACCGAAGGCGAGCGCUACCACAGCUUCCUGCAAGCGAAGAUGAGUACCAGCCUUCGGAAGAUGAGCUUCGGGAACGUCCUGUCCGUAGACGCAAGACGUACAAGGGCAAGGGCAACUCGCUUGCGAGUCGAAUGAUGCGUGCGGCUGUCUUGUCUCACGUCGACGUCGAUACGAGCCACCUUCCCGCUGACGCUCAGGAUCGGCAGCCUCUCAAGUUCACAACUAUGCAUGACGCAUCGCCUCCGGCCACCGUUUUAAAUGGUCACAAAGCACGCAUUAUUGAUCCUCGUUCCACUUCAUUGCAUUCAUCAGUAUUCAAUAACAAACCUUCUGCCACUUUCGCCAAACCUUUGAUGAAGCCCCGCUUCACGUAUCGAAUUCCGUCACCUCCACUGCGAGGUGCCUCCUCAACACGAACUGAGAAGUUCAUGCUCGAUCCAGGCGGAAGAUGCAGGGACCAUAAAGGCCAGAUGCGAAUCCAGAAGACGGCAGCAGACGGCCAGAAAAGCUCGCCGUGGUACGUCCUCGACGCAUAUUUUCAAAGUGCUCAGUCGAACCUUACACCAGGCGGUCAAGACCAGUCGUCGCUGAGCAGCCGGCCAUAAGCAAACAAUCAACACAGCCUACUAUGUAUUUCCCUCUGGCUUUCGUCCCUCUACCAGUUACGAAGUGUCCUCCCCCUAGAGCCCAGCCAGCACACCCUGUAUCCUCUUUGGACUCUUUCGUUAUCGACCUCUGCAGUUCCGACGACGACGAAAAAUUUCACAGUAGUCCCUUGUGCAUGUCGACUUCCCCCGCCGAGGAGAUUUCCGUGGAUCUCACAGAUACGCGCAUCGUCGACAAAGCGAUUGGCAAUGUACCAUCUGCUUCACAGGUGGCACAGAGUUCCCAUCUCUAAAUCCGCGGGCCGAGAUCUUCGACGCGGGCGUAACUGGAAACCUCUGAAAUCACCUGGUACUUUAACUGAAGCGGCGAGAGAAAUGACCCGGAAUGGUUGUGGCAUGCAGUCCGUCAACCGCGUGCCCACAUGCCGCUCAGAGGCGUUGCAGAUCAGGAGGGGAAGACUCAUUGCUUGGAUCUGGGACAGCCGCGCAGAGUACUAGUCAGCCAUCUGACCUAUGUACUUAUACUUAUGCAGUGCCUUGCUCCCAACUUUUGUAUCGCUGGACGUAUCUUCCAUGGCAUAUUGGAGUCCUCGUUUCUCAGGGAAGUCUGUCCAGCUCCGCCGG